CAGAAGAGUCUGGCGAGCUUUCUGUGCCGUUCUCAGUAGCCAUCCUUGACAGCCCUCGCCACUGCUUGGCAAUUGAAAGCACACAGACUCCCCACUGCAGCUUCAGCCCCACAGCAUCGGCUCUUCAGAAUCGGCCAAUCAGCAUCGGCCCUUCGAAAUCAGCCAAUCAUCAUAGGCUCUUCAGAAUCGGCCAAUCAGCAUCAGACAUUUAGAAUCAGCCAAUCAUCAUCGGCUCUUCAGAAUCGGCCAAUCAGCAUCAGACCUUCAGAAUCGGCCAAUCAGCAUCGGCUCUUCAGAAUCAGCCAAUCAGCAUCGAACAUUUAGAAUCAGCCAAUCAUCAUCGAACAUUUAGAAUCAGCCAAUCAGCAUCGGCCCUUCAGACAUGGAGCAAGACCUGACCUGCGGCGUGUGUUCGGAGUUGUACUCGGAGGGUGCGCGUGAGCCCGUGUUGCUGCCCAACUGCGGCCACUGCUUCUGCCGCCCCUGCCUCCUCAGCCUCGAGAAGAACGGCUGCCUGGAGUGCCCCUUCUGCAGGAGACUUAACGAUAGCGUUCCGGUGCUGCAGCUUCCGGUGGUGUUCGCUCUCCUUGGCCUCAGCAGGCACUUCCGGCGUUCGAAGCACGGCCCCUGCGGCGUCCAUGGCUCCGCCCUGGAGUUCUGGUGCCGGAGGUGCCGGUCCGGCCUGUGCGGCCACUGCCUGUUCGAGGGCCACGACCUGCGUUAUGUCGUCCAGAUGGAGGUGAUCAUCGAGGAGAAGAAGUCCCUGGUGCAGAGGAAAGGCCUGCAGAAACUCGGCCGCAUUAAUGCCAAGAAGACAGAGGCGAUGGGGAGGGUGACGGAGGGCCUCUUCCGCCUGGCUGCCGUGUGCCGGGAGGCCGAGGCUCUCAGCGCCGCGGAGAGAGUCACCAAACAGGCGAUGGACGACGCCCAGAACGCCCUCGACGUGGACUCAGUCCUGCAAUGCCUUCAGUGCCUGGAGCAACGGCGCGAGGGCAGGGAUGACUCACCUUCUGCCGCUGGGAGUCUGUGCAAAGUCUCCGUCCUACAAGGAAAAGAGGAACAGGAGAAAUUGGAAAGAGUCGGGCAUGGCAACAUAACGGCUCGAAGAGGGAUUCGAAAGCUCUACAGGAACAGAUCAAUUUCUCUGGAUGACCGGCAAGGCCUAAAUAACUAAAUAACAUGCGAUAAGCACAGAGUGCUGAGCGGCGGCCAGCACCAGCGGACGGAGACGGAUAAAUGCAACAGAAGCCUGAACAGAACAAGCAGCACUCCGGCGAACGAAGAGGUGAUUCCACCAGACCCUGAUUCUGCUCCAGAAGAAGGAGGAGGGACCACGAGUUCAUCGCCGCUCGUGGCUGUAUCAGAAACUGCGGCAAACACGGCGACGCCGUCUCUGAGAUGCUUCGCCCUCAGUGAUGAUGGACGUCAGGCGAGACUGAGGUGGGAAGGUGGAAGGCUGCACAUGUACGCUCUUUCGUCACGCUGCGAGAAGCCUCAACUCACGCUGCAGCUGUCUGUCGUGGAGUGCAUCCUGCAGGAGUCGCCCGAAGUGUUCCUUGACCUAUGCGCUGAGGGGCGUCGCCUCGGCCGCAUCUACAUCCGGCUGUGGGGCCACCUCCGCCGGGCUCGCCACUUCCUGGCCCUGUGCCUGGGCUCGCUCGGCCCGUCCUUCAGGGGCUCCAAGUUCAGCAAGGUGGAGAGCAAAGACAAGGCUGGGGAAUGCCUCCGCGUCAGCCACUACCUGAGCGCGGAGGGCACGAUGAGCGCCAUGGGCCUGAUGGAGGGCCUCGAGUGGGGAGGGGACCACUGCCUGCCGAAGAGGGCCGGGCUGGUGGUGGCGGCCAGCGGGGGGAAGCUGGAGUACGAUGGUUGCUUCGACAUCUGCACGCGAGACCACCCGGCCAAGAAGUUCUCGUGCCCCUUCGGAGAGGUGGCGGGCGGCGCGGAGGGCAUGGAGGUGGUGAGGGAGGCCGCCAGACACGAGCCCGUGACGGAGGUCUCCAUCAGUGAGGUCGGCGUCGUCCUCACGGACCAGCAGCGCUGCGAUCACGUGUGAUUCUCUGCCGUCAGUUUCAGACAUACGCCUCCAAGUAGCGAAGAUGGACAGGAACACACACUUCUCGCGCACGCCUUUUAAUGUUUAUACACAAGUUAGGACUGAAGAAAAGCAGACCUAUGAAAAUUGGA